UCACGUGGUCUCAUGUCAAAGAGAAAAAAAGUCGAUGCAUGGUUGAGAAAAUGAUAUGGCAAAUCUCUUCGACAGACUGAAAGAAACAUUCACGCUGCAGGCUUCUGACAAUUCCAAGAAUGCAUCUCCCGAUAUAAAGAAGGAACUCACACCAGAAACCGAUGUCACGCGAGAAAACGUGGAAACUCCUCAGGCCAGACAGGGCCUGGUUUCCGCGUACGCCGUCAACAAACAAGAUGGCGGGAAGACUUCAGAGGUGAAAAUAUGCUCAUCAGCACGUAGCGACGAUGCUUCAAAAAUGAAGACUGAUUCCCAAUUUAUCAUUCCUAAAAGGAAAAGAGAUGAAAGUGAUAUUUUGGUAGAUUUAAUGAUCAAUUCCCGGGAAUUCCAGUAUGAAAUAUUACCAGCUAUUGUGAAGAGUUACAGAAACUCACAAUCAGCAGAAAAAUUUAAAUACACCAAAGUACAAAGUGUGCACAACAGAGAUCUACUCAAGCUGUACUUGGAAAAACGCAAAGAGCUGAGGAACAGUGGAUAUUCGGACAAAGAGUCGGGAGACUGUGUAGCCUUCUUAUGUGUGGAAGACGAGGAGCUCAUGUUCAAAAUCUGUCGAGACGGGGUCCCUAUUGGGAACUAUCCACGGUCUUGUCUUGGACAUCCAAUGAUGGGGGUUCAGCUGUGUAAGCAUGCAGACAUAAUCAAACCUGUACCCCUACAACCAAACGAUACAGGAUAUCUUAUUCUGUUCAAAAUUAUCAAGGGCCGAAUAAAGUCAGUAGCUGAAUCCAUUAGUGAGAACCCCUUAGAGCCCACACCACAUUUUGAUUGUCAUGUAAGCAGUAAUGUGCCUGACACUUCAGCAUCCUACCAGAGCUUGUUUGAAUCCAGUCAGGUGUACAUGUAUGAGUAUGGGGAGGAGGAGGUCGUACAGUACCCCAGAAAUGUCUGUCCUGUGGCUGUAGUCAGUUUUGUGUAUGAAAAAGAUUCCAGGGACCCCAGAACAAACAGUCCCAGAGUACAUCAGUCACUGUCUCGGGGAGGGUCGCUUGCAGGGGGAUCAGUGAGAGAUGGGGAGCAGGAGUUUGUGGUCUGGUCUGGUAGUCUGACCAUUAAGGGACUCUAUGCUUGUAGUGUAGAAAUGACAUCAUCGGCAGCCUUUGUAAAACCAGCUGUGCUAGGGAGCCAAAUUAACAUCAGUUCCAAACUAAGUGUAAAGCAGGUUCAACAGAAGUACCUGAGAAAUGUGAGUGGUAUUAGGAGAAGCAGCGAGGGCUAUUGGAAUGGUUACUAUGUCAAUGCUUGUGAGCUCCGCCCACUGGCUCCUGAGGGACGAUCACAUUUUCAGAGAGUCAUGAACUACCUUGGAAAGCAUAAUGCUAUUGCUGUACAGAAGCUGGAGAAAGAUGUGACUUUGUUGAUGCUGACACAAAGUGAACUUACAUACCAACUAGGAUUGAGCCGUCCACAUCAGUAUCCUGUUUUGUUGUAUUGCUUGUUUUUGUCCCGAACAUCUGCAAGAAAAAGGCUGUCUAACCCUGCUGGCAUUUCCAAGGAAGCUGACAAGACUAACACCAGUCCUGCUAAGCCACCACAACCACCCAUGCCUUCAUCAUUACCACCAGCAAGUCCUCGAUCAGAGGACCCAUUGAGGACACACCAGUCCUCUUCAUCUCCAUUCCUCCCUCCCUCUAGUCCUCAGCAUUCCAUUCCACCCUCCCCAAUGCUAGACUAUCAGAGAUCUCCUUCUUCUAAUAUUGUGUCUUGGCCUCAGAACCUUCCAUUUGGUAGUCCCAGAAAUCCGCUAGUCCCACAUUCCACACCUCCUCCAUCUCCUGCCAAUUAUCCUGGUGCACCUGUACCCCAUACCCCUCCCUAUAGGAUGCCACCAUCUCCCCAAACAACCCAUCCAUUAGCUCCAAAUUCACCAUUUCACAGUCCAUAUCGUGGUCCUGAGUUCUGUGGAAGUUCACCACAAAGAAGGAUAAGUAGAGAAGGUCAGCAAGGCUACUCUUGUCCCUUAGAAUCAAAAUCAGCAAUGUCUUUCAAUCCUCCCAACACAUUCCAAGGUGGACCAAACUUUGAUGCACAGUAUCCACCGAGACCAAACUUUUUAUCUCAGUCUCCUUAUAAACCUCCCCAUCAUCCAGGUGAUAUAGGGUUCCAGGGCCCAAUGCCCCACUUUAGAAACAAUGCCGGUUUUGGAGGUCCUAGGUUUCCAGAUCCAAAUUGGAAUUCCACUCAAGGCAAUGCUUUUCAGGGAAGAUUUGAUCCUAACAGAAGUCCCAGAAUACCAGGACCAACAUUUGAAAACAGUGGGACAUCUAAUCCAUUGUUGAAUACACCGCCUCAUCUCAAGUUGCAUAAUAUGUCAAAUGAUGUUUUUAAUUCUCCAAAUAAGCCCGCUUGGUCACAGAGUGGUCCAUAUGGAGCCCCACCCUUAGACAGAGGUAAUGUUCAACAAAAUGUACAAACCACAAUGCACCGGAGUGACCCAAGGCUGAGCAAAAUUGUGUCACCAAAAGUGAAUCCUGUUGCUCCAAUGCCAAGAGGAAGCACAUCUGAUACCCAUGGGAGUCCCAGUCAAGGAAUGAUCAGUCCUGGGGCUGUGGAGUUUCCCAGUUCAAAAUUGUCUCCCAUUUCACAUCCUUCACCACAGCAAAUACCAGUUGUGGCUCCCCCUGGGACACCACCACAAACUAAGGCAUCCCAUAUACCUCCACCUCCUAUUGUCCAGCUUCCAGAGCCUCCUAUACCAUCUCGAGUUACCACUAUCCCAGAGUCUUUUGAUGGUGGAUUCUUCUUCAAACCACCAUCAUCAAGUCUCCUGCAGCUUGACAAAGUCAAAAAGGUCUUUGAAGAGCAGAAUGUAGCUCAAGAAAUCCAACAGCGAGCUAAAGAAGCCAUCAAAAGGCAUUUAUUAGUGAGAAGUCGCACAGAAAGCAAGAAAACACAAAGUUUAAAGGCAGGAAAGAUUGAAGUGAAACAAACUGGGAAGGACUUGGAGAAAGAAGUGGCUGAAUCAGCAGAGGACAUGAAGCAGUUGUUAGAAAGCAGUCUAGAACCCAAACUUACAGCAAAGAAAAAGGUGGAACAGCUUAAAAAGAAAGAGAAAGGUAAACAUGAGGUAAAAGAAAAGUACCGGAUGAAGGAAAAAGGACUUGGAGAAAAGCUUAAGGCAAAGGGAAAAUAUGAAAUCAUGCAGAAGGACAAAGUUGGUUCAGUGGAACCAGGGGUAAAUAAGAAAAUUCAAGAACCUGAAACUUCUCAAACAGAAUCUUUAUUAAAACUAAAAAUUUCAGAACCUGAGACCUUUAAAUUGGACAGUUUGGAAGACAUUGCUCGCAUGAGAAAAAUAACGGAGGAAGAGAUCAAAAGAGAAAGUGAGAGGCAAGAGUCAAUGGAUGAUAUGGACUUGGAUGAUGACCCACUUGAGAAAAUUAAUCGUAGGAAUAGCAAAGAUGAAGAUCCAGCUGAGAAAAUUAGUAUAAAGAAUAACAAAAACCCAGCAGAGAAGCCAGAAAGCAAAGAUGAAGAGCCAGUGGACAAAGUUUCUAAGAAGAGCAAGAAAAGACCAAAGGAGAGGGAUGCUUUAGAUGAAGUGAAAGACCUAUCAGACACUGACGAACUCCUGUCAAAGAAAGCCAAAAUUGACACAGCAAGUGACAUGAAAGAUUUCUUGAAUUUAUCUCUAAAUGAAAAUGAUCCAUCUUUAGAGUCAACACCUCUAAGGGUAGAUUUAGUGCCUAAAAAGAGAUUAGAAAAGAGGAUAGUUGAUGGGAAAAUGGAAAAGGAUAAGAAGGCCAAAACUCAAUAUUACAACAUUUGUGAAGAAAUAAGUGGGAUAGCAGGAGAGAGAGUGAAAAUUGAAAAUGUAAUUGAAGGCGAAAAGCCUACUAGAACAGUAGAAAUAAACGAUCCUUCCUACAAUGACAUUAGUGCCAUUGAGAAAUCCAAAUCUUUUUCAAAUGUUAAAGGAAGUGUAACAAAGCUAAAGUUGGAUGAUAAUCCAGAAGGGUUGGUGUCGGAGAAAGGUACCAGUGCAAUAAGGAAGGACCAGAAACCAAAUACUUCAAGCAAAUCAGAUUCUGGAAAGAUGGAAGGAGAAACUGCAGAUCAGUCUGGAAGAUGGGAUAAUCCACUAAAGAAGAAAAAGAGAACAGACAGCGAGUCUGAUGGUGAAAGAAAAAUAGAAAACAAGAAAGGCAAGAUCAUAAUAAUAAAAGAGAUUAGAAUGAUUCGAGUGAGUUCUGAUGGCAGCGAGAUCAAGUCCCCUGACAAAGAACCAGAGACCAAAGAGAAGCUGACAGAGAGUCCUGAAAGCCCUGUACAUACUCCUGUAGAGGAGGAUCUAAAAGUGGUGGAUCUACAAGAGGUGGAUCCGAAAGUGGUGAAAAUCAAGAUGGAGGAGCCAGAAGAGAGAGAACAAAAGAAGGAAUACAGAAGAGAGAAAGAAAGUGUGAAACAAAAAGAAAAAGAUUACAGACAAAAGGAAGACAAAAGUAAGAGAAGGGAUUGGGAGGAAAGAAGAGAUGACAAUAGGAGGAAAGACAAGAAUGAAAGAAAAGAGAAAUCAAAAGGAAGAGAGGGAGGCAAGGAGAAAGAAAAAUCAUCUGAUUUGAAGAGCAGAAAAAAGGCAGAGGAUUCCAGAAAACACCUUGUCCUCUACAGUGACACAGAAAGUGAGAGUUCACGAAGCCAUUCAUCAUCAAUGAGAAGUCGGCGGUCCGAAACACCAAACUCUGAUGAUGGAAAGGACUCGGUACCUCGUUACACUAGAAUUUAUCCAGAUUUCAAACCGGGAAGACCAAAGCUCCCAAAGGCAGCCUCUAGCACAAAGACAGCCUCUAGUAGUCAGGGUCGACAAGAACCAGCUCGUAAGCCUGGAGACCAAAGACGUGGCAAUCUGUUCCACAAAUCCAAGCAUCAACAGGACAGCAAAGCAUAUCCAUAUAAGACGGGAAAGGCAGGCAUAAGCAAAAUGACUGACAUUCAAGUCAAGGGCAAAGUCAGAUCUCUGGUCCAAAGUAGAAAGGAUUUUAGGGCUCACCAAGCUAUUAUAGAAGGCAUUAUUACAAGCGCUAAAGUACCACUAAAGAAAAUACCAAAAAUUAAGAAGAAGCCAAUCACCACCUCUACCUCUUCACCAAAACAUGAAUCAACUCUAUCAUCACAGGAAUUAAAGACAGAUAAAGAAUUAAACCUAAAGGGGACAGAAACACAACAGGAGGAGAGCAGAGAGACCACUGCUACUGAUGAAACUGAGGAAGAGGAGCAUUCAAUGGAGAUUGAUAAUGCCGAGUUAAAUGGAGAAGCAGAGUUUGUUCUUAUGAAGGAAGAGGAGGUUAAUUCUUUGGAAGUGGGUAAACAGGCUAUGACAACUGAAACUAAAAAUGAAAGUAGUAUGAAUGAUGGGCAUCUUCGAAAGACUCCACCAUUAGAAAAUACUAUGACUGUAUUUUCUGAAAUUCCCCAAGAAACUUCCUCUGUAGGAAGAAGUUCAACAAUUUUAUCACUUGGAGAAAGUGUUACAAUAUCCUCUGAAAUUCCUGCAGAAGCUAAAGAGACUUCCUCAUCAGGAGAAAAUAUAUCAGAUUCCUCAAAAAUUACAAAUGAAAAGUUUACAGCAGCCAAUAAUGAAUCUGUUUUGUCAAAAUCUGUAAUGGUUAUUGGUCAUCCAAAGACAGCAGAUCGUACUGAAGAGGAUUUCUCCUCUGAGCAGUCAGAAGAAGUACCUUUGUCAACUAAACUAGGGAAGGAGAACGAAUCCCAAGAGCUCGAUGAAGAAAAACACUCAACAGAGAUCGAGACAAAGGAUGAACAAUGCUCAACUGAGUUUGGGUCAAAGGAAACAAACUUUCAGCAGGAUUCAGUUGAUAAAACAGUGAAUCCAGGUAUCAAAAAGACAACUUUUAAGAAAAAGUCUAGGAAGAUGGAAACAGACUUGCGUAAUGUAAUGAACAGCUUCAUUUCAAUACAGAGUGGAAAAGUUACAGAGAAGUCGGUUGACAUCUGUUCUGAACAGAAACAAUUAGGAGCCAAUAUGUUGCAGCCGGAAAUACUGGGAUGUGAUGAAAAUUCCAAAGAAAGCAGAACUGAUGAGGCACAUCAGCAGCUGGAGGACCUGCUGGAUCUAGAGAUUGGCCGCAAUGUUCAUACAGUGGAAGAAGCACAUUACGCAACAUCUGAGCAAAAUCUUGUUUCAGGAAUCACAAAAUCAGCUGGAUCAUUGGGAAAUCUUUCUUUAACACUAACAGUGGACAAAUCUGCCAGUCGUCAAAUUUCACAAAGCAACGAUUCUAAAAAUGCCAUGAGUUCUUCAAGUACAGCUUCAGCUUCAAAUCAGAAAGAUAAAAACAAAGACGAGGAUUUUUUAUCAUCUCAUACCAAGUCAAAAAUGUUCAGUGCCAUUUUCAAUGAAACUAUCCACCCCCGUCUGGAUGCAGAUAUUGCUUGUGGUCAGAGGAAUGAUGAACAAUCUGGAGGUGAAGAUGACUUUGAACCAGAUCCAGACAGGGUUGUUCAGGUUCCACCUGAUGACCAGGGUUUUAAGAUUACAGUCACCAAUGAUAUUCCAGUAUGUUCCAAGUUCCAGUGGAUUUCUAAAGAACAGCUUAUUAAGGACAGUAUCCAUGGAAAACAUAACUCUCCGUUGAGUUUGAAGGAUGUUUACUUGAUAAAUGCUGUCAGUGCUGUAGUACACAAGAGUUUACCACAGACGGGAACACAUCAUAGGACUAUUUCAUCUGGUCAGCAGUCUGAUGAUAGUGAAACUCUGGAUAACAGAGGUCGAAAUGGUGAUACCUCACUUGAUGAUGAGAACGUAUUAAAUAACUUUGAGGAGGAAACAUUCAAGCUCGAGAAAUCACCAGAUAAGUAUGAAUACUUGGCUGAAAGACAAGAGAGGCCAGAGAAUGAAUCAGGAAUUGUAAAAUCAGAAAUGGAGAGAAUUUUGAAUAUGGUUAAGUUCCAGCUGGAGGAAAGUAAUGAUGGAACCUCAGUCAGUUCACUGUCGUCUUCUCAAACUUCAUUUAAAUCACUGUCUGCCUCACAAAAUUCUCAGGACAAUUUUGAAAAAGUCCUUUCUGAUCAGCUGAAUUCCAUCUCACAAGGACUUGACCUUCUAAUGCAGUGUAAUAGCAAUUCUCUUAGUUUUAUCAGUCCCGAUGAGGGAAAGGAAUUAAAUAAUGUCAUAGAGAACACUAUGAAAACACUCGAAGCAUCAAUGCAAGAACAAAGUGCGGAUUCUGAUAAGAAAGAAAGCUCUGAAUCUAAAACCUCUGAAGCGGAAACAACCAAAGAUAAAUCUAGACUGCAGAAGAGGCCAGAUGUGAAGAAUCAGAGUCCAUCCAGUAAAGAAUCUUCACCCAAAGUGCAUUUUGACAGCAAUACAACAAGUGUUUCAGAAGUUAACACAAAUCAGCCUACUGAUGAGACAGCAUUUUGGUCCAAAAUAUUGGGAUUUUCUUCCCAAGAAAAUAAAAUUCUUCCCACGUUUUCAACACCUCCAAAGAAAGAAGAAAAACUGAAUAAAGAUUCUGAGGAGAGUGAACUCAAAGAAAAUGUCAUUAUUAUAUCUGAUUCUCCAGAUUCCAAUCAAAAAGGGAAAAAUGCUGAGGCAGGAAGUUCUGAAAAACUAGAGGAUAGUACCAUAAUGAUAAUGGACUCCUCUCCAGAAUCAAAUCAGAAAGAUGGGAGCAGUGGACACAAGGGUCUUGAGAAUAGGAUAAGGGACAAAGAUAAUGACGGAACUGAGGAAAGUUUAAGUUCUGAAGUGGAAGGGUUGUCUUCUGAGAUGUCAACAGUGUCCCCAGCUAGGGUUGAAAAUGACAAGGAAGUACCAAAAGUUCGUAAAGCUUUUAUUUCACCCAUAAGAUUUCCAGAUCAGACUGAAAAUACCAAGAAUAAGGAAUUGAAGAAUGAUGAGAAUACUACCACAAGCAGGAACAUCAUUGAUGAUAAUAACAAUGCUAAAACAUCAAACAAUAUAGAGACGAAUUCAAAGAUAAAGAAUGAAUCAGAAACUAAAAAUAAAGUUCCAGAAAUUAAGAUAGAGCCUGCAAAUGCUGAAAGCAAGAAAGUGGAACAAAAUGUGACAAUAAAAUUGGAAAAGGCGCCUCUUCUGAAUCUGGGUCUGACAGAUGCCAGUAGACUACGGGAGAAAACCCCACCUAUCGGUGUCUCUAUGUCAACAAAAAGAGUUUCUCCACAAGAAAAGACUCUAACUGUCAUUAUUCCCGAGAAUAAGAAAAAGCUGACUGCACAAAGACAGUCCCCAACAGUGUCAGUCAAGACAGAGACUAAAAGGAAUGAUUCUCCACGGCAUUCCCCAGCAUUAAGGAAUGAAGAGGAGAAUGUGAGAGGGGUAUCCCCUGUUACGGAGACAAGAACAGUACAGUUUAAAAGCAUAGAAAAGAAGGAUGUUUUCUCAAGGCUAUCUCCACAAAUAAGAGAUGAGGAAAAGAAAGAAAAAAGUGUUUCUCUUGGUAGUGAAGUUGAGACUACUCUACCUGAUCAAGAGGAAGUUCAGUCAACAAUUAAAGUGGAGAAAGCUGCAGAGACGCAAGCAGGGAAGGAUGAUAUGGUUGUGGUUACAGUCAACAAGGAGAAUCCAAGGUCAAGCAAAUCCAGGUCAAGGUCACCAGUUACAAGAGGAAUUCCGUCAAGUUACAAACCACCUCCCUCCUCUGCUAAUGCUGAACCAAUGUCAAAGGCAGGACCAAUAAGAAAUGAGGUCAAGGCCAAGAGGGAUGAACGUCAGUAUCACCCAUACAGGAAAGAAAAAGCCAAGAAAAAGAACACAUGGUCUUUUGACAUUGCAUACGACUCACUAAGGGAGUUGAUGCAUGAUUUGACGGUUUGUUCCUACAAAAAACAGAAGCACAAAGCAAGGCAUAGGAGGACAAAUUCCAGAUUUGCCAACUACACCUUUGUAAGGUCAAAAGUACCAGACUCCUUGCCUGGAGGCAUUAGCAAUGCUGAUGAGGAGGUUAUAGAUGAUGAUUUCAAUGAGAAUGCUAUCCCUGAUUUUGAGGAGAGGAAGAGGAAAGCUGACUUGGUAGAUGAACUGACAAUGAGGGAACAAGAAGAGGGAGACUAUACAACAGAAAGAGCAGUUUACAUCAUGGAGGAACAGGAGCAGCCUGAUCAGGAAGAAGAGAAGAAUGAGGAGGCAGAGAAGAAGAGGAUCCCUAAAAUGCUGGCUAAUCUCCCUGUGAGAACUGUAACAACUUCAUCACCAGGUAUCCCAGGUAAAGAAUGCAAACCAGACAUAAGCAAGAUGGAUACCAAGCCUGUAUUAACGGAUGUUAGACGAUCAGAUACCAGGUCCAUUAUUUUUAAGUCGGAAGGUUCAUCAGAAAUGAGGAAGGUAGAGACUGUGGAGAAAACGCCUUCAGAGGAUGACAGAGCUGAUGAUUCAGAUCCAAAGAUAAAUUCAGAUGAGGAAAUCAAAUCGGAAAUUAAAGAACAAGUCAGUAAUAAGGAGGAAAAACUGAAUUCAACCAUGUUGGAGAUUAAAAGUGAAACCAUGGAAGUGGAAGAUAAUGACAGUGAAAAUUUUAGGGUUAACUUUGUAAAUUCAUAUAAUGAAGCCCCGGAUGAUGAGGGGGAGACAGAAAUGGAGGGUUUUAACGACUGGAUUGUGAUUGAUGAAGCUCCAGAUAUAGAAGAAUUAGAUGUAAUAUCUGAAGUUCCUGCUGAUGCAAGGGAAAACACAGCAGAUGUUCUCAUUGAUGUGGGGGAAAAUACUGCAGAUGUUCCAACUGUUGUGGAGGAAAAAGACACAGAUAUUCCCACUGAUGUUGGGGAAGUUCCCAUUGACGUAGGGAAAAAAGAUGCAGAUUUUAAACAAAUUUGUGAAAGUAGUGCAAAUUGUAGUGUAGACAUAGACCAUGAUAUAACUAUUGAUUCAAAAGAGAAAUUUGAUAUGCUAUGUAUAAAAUACACCACUGAACAAACCAAUGCACACAAUGUAGAAGAAAGAAUUUAUCCUGAUAUAAAUGAUUCUGAGGCUUGUUCAGAGAAUUCUAGAGGAAAUCAGAGUAGGACAACAGACCUUAAUACCAGUCUGAACAGAACAGUAUCAGAUGUUCAGGAUAUGAGUAUCUCGGAAGACGAAGCCAUUUCUAAACAGAACAAGGAAAAUGACCAGUACAUCCCUGUUAUUCAUCUACUGGGUGUAAAAGGAAAUACCUUCUGGUGCAAAAAUAAAAGUAGUGUGGGUAAUGAAAAAGAAGUACUAAGCAAGGAUGGGGGGUAUACAAAUGACACAAUGGAAGUCAAAGAAUGUGUUGCUAUUAGUCCAGUGAAAUUUAAAUCUCCAGAUGACUUUAAAAAGAUUGAGGAGAAAGUGCCACCAAUUUCUGAAAAAUAUGAUCCAAAAGGAAAGGACUUUGGAAAUUGUGAAGACAAUUGUAUUACUGAAAAUCUGAGCGACUGUGACAAUAGAGUUAAUGAGGAUGAACUUCCAGCAAAGCCAGAAAAGGGAGAAAAUGGUCAGAAUCAAAUAGAGGUUGAACCUACAGCAAAACCAGCAAAGGGAGAAAAUGGCCAGAGUCAAAUAGAGGGUGAACCUACAGCAAAACCAGAAAAGGGAGAAAAUAGUCAGAAUCAAAGAGAGGAUGAACCUACAGAAAAGGGAGAAAAUGGUCAGAAUCAAGGAGAGGGUGAACCUACAACAAAGCCAGCAAAGGAAGAAAAUGGCCAGAGUCAAAUAGAGGGUGAUCUAAAAAAUGAAUCCAGAAAGGAAGAAAUGGUGAACAGUGUUUUAGCAUUGCCAUUGUCAGUAUCCACAAACCCUGCAAAAUCAGCUUCUGAAACGUCUAAAACUGAAGAACACACUUGUAUGUUCACUGAAACAGAGAAUGAGAACAAGUAUACUUAUUGUGAAAAACUUGCUUCUUCAAAUGUACACAUUAGAGACAGUAAAACAGAAAUCAACAAUGUAUGUAAUGGGCAUGCUGAGAACAACAUGCUUGAAAAUGUUAAAAAUAUGGUUGACAGUGGAGAUGAGUCUGAAAACCCUGUUCCUUCCAAUUUACACACAACAGAAAUGGACAGUUUACCUAUUGAGGAUGCAGAGACCAACAUUCUUGAAAAUGUUAAAGAAAUAGUUAACAGUAGAGAUGGGUCGGAAGAAAAGUCCAGAUUAUUCACAGCAAAUGUAAGAAACAAUGCUGACAAUUCUAGAAGUGAAGAAAAACUAGAACAAGAUAAAGAAUACUUAAAUUCAGAUUCAAAAGUUAAUAGGGAGUCUGAAACCAAUUCUUCAAUGUUUAAUAUUACAAGUACUCCAAAUAAGAUAACGAUUUUUUCUCAACCUGGUUCCUCUGGCAGUUCUAACAACAUUCAAGAUUUGGCAAAUAUAAGUGUACUCUCUGAGAGUUACAAUGAAAAAGGGGAUGGCCUGAGUUUAUUGAUUGGAGCUUAUGAUCAAAGCAGUGGAGGUGAAAGUUACAAUUCAUCUACUGAUUUUCCACAGGAUCAAAAUGUUUCUCUUAGUAAUAAUACUCAAGCAAGUGAUUGUUGUCAUGAUGGAGUUGGAAGUGAUAAAGUUUUGGAAGCAGAAGAAAAAAUGGAAAAAUAUGAUGAGGUUAAGCUGGAGAAAAAGGAUGAUAGUGGUUUACAUUUUCCUGCUACUGUUCAAAAUACUCUGGACAUUGUGUCUAACAAUGAAACAAGUAAAACAACUUUUGAUGAAGAAAAGAAGCAAGUAGAUCAUGCGCCAAAUACAGUAUUAGUAGAUAAAAAGAUGGAGUUAAAUUAUGAUAUUGAAAAUCCCAGAGAAGCAGAUAGUUCAUUUGAUGCAGAACAACAAUUUGAGGAUAUUAUGUCUGUAAUUGGUGAAACUGACCAUGAUAUUUACCAAGAAAUGGAUGUAGAAAAGUCAGAUCAAAUGAGAAUGCUAAAAUUUUCCAGCAGUGAAUGUGGUUUAUGUGAUGACCAGCUUUGCUUAGCUAAAGUCAAAUGUUUAACAGGACUACUCGACCCACUGGAGGAGGCCAUGUUGUCAUCUGGAAUUUUGGACAUUAAUGAUGUUCCAGUUGGAAAUGUUGUAGAAAUUGGUACUGAUGAGAGUUUCGUGAAUUCUAUCAAUUUAUUGCAACCAAACAACACUAUCAGUAUUGAGAAUGGAGAACCCAAGAUGUUACAUCCAAUUGAAUGCAAAGGAACAUUUUCUGAAGAGGGUGGCAUGAUUCAAAGAAGUUGUGUAAAUGUUCCUGAAACCAAAGCAUCUAACUUAAAUAACAACAAUUUCAAUUCUGAUGAUGAAGAUUGUGAAAAUCGUCUCGUAAUUAAUGAUGAAACAGAGGAGACAUUAAAUGAAAGCGUAAUAACCAUAGAAGAUGAUUCAGAAUCGGACCACACCUCAUCAACUGAAACUGACUACAUCUCUGAUUCUGUAGAUAGUGAGAAUGAAUUGUCUACCAGAGGAGAUGACAUGUCAAAAUUAGUCGUGUCAGAGUACUUAAGAACCAGUCAUAAAAAUGGAAGUAUUGAUUGUCUGAUUUCAGUCCCACAGAAAAUGGAGAACAGGGUGGAUUCACUUCAUAAAAGCCAUUCAGAAAAAAUUCUGGAAUCAAUUUGGCAUAAUACACCAGAGAAAUCCUCAAGGUUGUAUAACACAACAGGUUCUCUUACAAAGUCAUCCAUCAAUUCUAACACCCCUUUAGAAAUCAAAGAAGAAACUAGGAGUAAAACAUCAAAAAUCAGAAAUCAAAGUCUAGUAAAGCCUCUUAUUGUGGAAAAUAAAGAUACUCCUUUACCAAUCCCUGUGCGUUGCCCAUCUCCAAGUUUGUGUUCAGUGCCAUUAAUGAACCAACUUAUGCUUUCAAACAUUUCUUUACCUAGUCAGCAAUGUGCCAUGCUACCUUCACAGCAAGUCCCUUUGAACCCCAUACCCCUGCUGUAUGCUAUUCCUCAAUUUCAACCAUUCUCAAACAUCUCUAGUACAUUACCAACACUUCCCCUUUUGCCAUUUCCAAAUAUUUCAGUUGUACCUCAAGUAAAUCCAUUUAUGCCGAUACAGUCACUUUCUGCAUUUUCACCUGCACCUGCAUUUGAGCUCACAAAUGAUAAGUUUGAAGCUUUUAGAAGAAUGAAUAAUUCUGGAAGAGCUGAGUCGCGUUUUCAAAGUCCUAUUCUUGGAUCGUUACCGAUGUUUGGAAGCAGGAAUGUUGCACAAUCGCCAGUACAUUAUCCUUCUCUGACUCAAAGACCGUCUCAAAUUUUAUUCAACAGAAAUGUCACACCAGAAAGAACUACAGUUAUUGAAAAUGAGAGAACCACUCCAGAUUUUCUUCAGAAGGAACAGUCACCUUUAUUGCCACCAAUAUCUUCCUUUACUCAAAGAAAGGUAGCAGAAAUUGAUUGUGCAAAGAGUACUUGUGUAUCUCCCAGCUUCCCUUCAUAUACAGGAAAUAUGGCUCCAAGUCAUUUAAAUCAUCCAGUGAGAUUGCCAUAUUCUUGUUCUUCAUCUAGCUCAUUAAUACCUACUCAUGAUUUUCCCAGGUCCUCUGCUCAGAAAUCCUACCUGCCUGAUUAUGUUAAUUCAUCAGUAAAUAUGGCUUUACAUUGUGAGUCAAGUACAGACUCGCAAAAGAUAAAUAAUCAGAGAAAGAAUAAAGACCACAAGCAGACAAAAAGUAGAAAAGUAAAAACCAAAAAGCAAACGAAUAACGUAUCUGAGAAUUUAUACCAAGGCCAUGAGAGUGUUCAAAAGGAUUUUAUGACUAGAAAAGAUGGAUUAUGUUCAGGAAGAAUUCCAGUGGGGCAUGUGAAGCCCAUGUCUUUCAGUGACCGAAAUCACAGCGACAAUCAAACAGACUAGUCAGGUUUACAGAUGUCUAAAGAA